UUUUUUAGUUGGACAGACACACAGGAUAAACCAGACUGUUGAGGAAAGUCCAGCAGUCAAACAUGAAGGUUCUGGAUAAAGACGAGCUGCAGGUUGCUGAACAAGUUCUGCUCCAACACUUACCGAAGAGCUACAAGGUCUACGGUUUCAUACAUGUUAUCAACAGGAACAAACCAACUACACAGCAGGUGGUCGUUGAUUCCUGGCCUGAUUUUAAAGUCAUUAUUUGUCGACCUGAUCUCAUGAACAAGCGUGCCCUGGACGUCAUAAAAAAGGUAUCAUACUACAGCAUGGAUGAACAGAUUUUAAGGAAAAUGCUGACAGAAGAAAAUGCAAUUGACUGGAGCACUUAUUUCCAAAUUGGAGGAUUUGACUUUUCUCAUGCACCUUUACUCAAGGAAGUGUCCUCUGACAGAAAACUCAACAACAGCGUCUCUACUUUGGUGCAUCUUUUGCAUUUGCCAGACAUCAACUAUCUGCUCCCACCAGCAGUUGACAGUGAGCUUGAAUCAAGGGUUUCAUCUCUUAAUCUUUCCCAUGUUGACUUGGUGAAUAAAACAUGGAAGUACGGUGGGAAUGAGCGGAGUUACAGGAAUAUUAAAAAUCUCAUCAGCAACUUCCCAUCAGGCUGCAUCACGGAUGGUCAGGGUGAGCCGGUGUCCUGGAUUCUGAUGUAUGAUUACUGCGCCAUGGGCAUGUUGUACACUCUGCCAGAGCACAGAGGAAAAGGCCACGCCAAAGUGUUGGUCAGCACCAUGGCCAAGAAACUCCACGCCGAGGGCUACCCAGUGUACUCCUUCAUAGAGGAGGACAACAUGAUAUCUUACAAACUCUUUAAAAACCUGGGCUUCAUUGAGGAUGCCUCUUACAGGGCAGCAUGGUUUGAGUUUUUGAUUUAACAUCUGUUAAAUGGCUGGUAUUUCUCAGAUAAAUAUGAUCAAACUUUGUUAGCAUGAAAAAAUAUGGUCGAAAUAUAAAGUAAUGCAAAUCAAAGUUAAUUAUACAGAUAUGUACUGUUUUAUUUUUAAGAUGUUUUCAGUGAUGGGAUUGUAAUCACUCUUGGUCUACAGUACAUUUCAAGAUGGAGUUUAUAAGCUUCCCAAAGCACUACAUUAAACUUGGACCAAAACAGUUCAAGUUUAGUGUAAAAGAUGUUGAUUUAAAUAAAUAAUUCAACAAUAAGGGCAAUUUUUCAUAACAUGUAUACAGUCUUUAAAGGAGCGAUUCAAAUGAAAUUGAGCUGUAUUAAUUUACUCUGCUUUCUGAUAGUGCUGAAUAAUUAUAAAAAUCAAAUACAAACAAACAGUAUCCUUUAUUACUCUGUAGAGGCUACUUGGCUUUACACACCAAUACAAAUAACAAUUGUUCUGGUUCUCCAAACUAAAGACAUUUCAUGCAUAUCACAGAAAGUAUGUUCUCAUUUGCACAGUACUGUCAAAGCUACAAUGGGUUUUCAAUGUGAAUUUCAAAUAAAACACUUUUAAUGUC